GAUUUCUCCAACCUUCAAAUAAAUUGCGUAGAGGAGAAGAAUCUCGACCGGACUCCUUAACCAUUUCUGCAUUGAGGUCAUUUCUCAGAAUAUUUUCCAGGUCCUCUUUUUUUUUUUGCCUUUUCUCCAUCGAGGUAAUUCGACAAUGCCGCCGAAGGCAUCCCCCGCACGCGCGAAAGGACCGGAGCAGAAGGCCUCUUCCCCUGUAGGUCGUGCACCCGCCGCCCAAUCCGGUAACGCUGUACCCUCUGCUGUUCCGCAGGGCGGUACGCAGGAGCUUACCUCCUACGUGCAGGGACUGUUGCAGCAGAUGCAAUCUCGUUUUGAGGAGAUGUCCAACAACAUCAUCUCUCGCAUUGACGAGAUGGGUGCCCGCAUCGAUGACUUGGAGCGGUCUAUUGACGAGCUGAUGCAGCAGUCUGGCGUAGAGGACGGCGACACCCCCGGUGCGAAGCCGAAGAAGUAG